UAUAUGACCUUUCGAUAUACAUACAUAUAUAUAUAAGUGUAUCUAUACCUCAAUACUCUUGGAAAAUGCAGCCACGGAUUCAAUUUUCUAUAUCACUCUUUCCCUGAAGCAGAUUUCUGUCACUCUCUCUCUUUCUCUCUCUAACAAUGACUCAGAAAUCACAGGAAGAGCAGCACCCGGUGAAGACCUACGGAUGGGCAGCUAGAGACGCAUCUGGCUUUCUCUCUCCCUUCAAAUUCUCAAGAAGGGCAACUGGUGAGGACGAUCUGAGAUUUAAGGUGCUCUAUUGUGGAAUCUGUCACACUGACCUUCAUUUCAUCAAGAACGAAUGGGGCGUCUCCUUCUAUCCUAUUGUACCAGGGCACGAGAUUGUUGGUGUAGUGACAGAGGUGGGUAACAAGGUAAAGAAAUUUAAAGUUGGAGAUAAAGUGGGAGUCGGAUGCGUGGUUGGUUCAUGUGGCUCUUGUGAGGGCUGUUCCAAUCACCUUGAAAAUUACUGUCCCAAAAUGAUGCUAACCUAUUGUGCCAUUUACCACGACGGAACCCCCACAUAUGGAGGCUACUCUAAUGAGAUGGUGGUCAGUGAGCACUUUGCUAUUCGAUUCCCAGAGAACAUACCACUUGAUGCUGGUGCUCCACUGCUUUGUGCUGGUAUCACUGUGUACAGCCCUUUGAAAUACUAUGGAUUAGAUAAACCUGGUAUGCACUUGGGAGUGGUGGGGCUUGGUGGGCUUGGUCACGUUGCCAUAAAAUUUGCCAAGGCUUUUGGGCUGAAAGUGACAGUGGUCAGUACCUCUCCUAACAAGAAGGAGGAAGCGAUGAAACAUUUUGGUGCUGACUCAUUUUUGGUUAGCAGUGAGCAAGACCAAAUGCAGGCUGCUAUGGGCACCCUUGAUGGUAUUAUAGACACGGUAUCUGCUUUUCACCCCAUCAUGCCGUUGGUUAAUCUUCUGAAGUUUCAUGGAAAGCUUAUAACGGUUGGAGCACCACAAAAGCCAUUAGAGCUACAGGUCUUUCCUUUGAUUAUGGGAAGGAGGAUGGUGGCUGGGAGUAACAUUGGCGGAUUGCAGGAGACUCAAGAAAUGAUUGAUUUUGCAGCAAAACACAAUAUCACCGCACAGAUUGAGCUUAUUAAAAUGGAUUACGUCAACACUGCAAUGGAGCGACUACAAAAUGCCGACGUUAGAUACCGAUUUGUCAUUGACAUUGCCAACAGCUUGAAACCUGCUUAAUCUCUAUUAUAUGACUGGCAGAUUAUCAUCUCUAAAGUCUUUGAUUAACAUCCUAGGACUCUGGGCUUAAAUGCACUUGGGAUGUUUUAAGUUUCUUUGAAUAAUGUUUGCAUUUUUUGUUGUUGUUGGAAUUAAUAUAUAGCUGAUUAUAAGAAUAUGAUCGAUUUUGAGAAAUAAAAAGCUAAU